AUGGUGACCGACGGCCGCAAACACCAUCUCGACUGGAAAUACAUGGGCUACAUGACACACCACGUCGUAACGACCUGGUUCCGCGUCAACACCUUCCUUGUCCACGACUCCGUGGCGUUGGAUACUUUCUUCCGCGACAUCUGGCUUGGCGACCAGGUCUUCCCUAGCAUCGUACCUGCGGAGCACUUGCGUUGUCUAAGCGUGGUGUUGCGGGGUGAAAUGAAAGACUACGAGCCUCAGAAACGUGAGUGUACGGGGAGGACUCUGUGUAUUAGGCCAGUGAGGCCAGCGGAGGUGUUUAGCGAGCAUCUUGAGCUUGUGCUUAAGAUGAAGGAGCUCCGUGGCUUUGUGCUGCAUGUCAUGAUUUCGGCGUCCGAGCUGGAGCGAGUUGAAGAGAUUCUGAGCGCGGUGAGGGGCGUGAGGGCGAGACUGAUGAGUGCGGGUGUGAGAGUGCUGUUUGAUUGGAGAGGCGAGGAGCUGAAUGGGUAUUUCAGGGAACUGCAGAAGAUUGGGGUAUGA